AUGAUUCGCCAUCAGAGACAAAAUUAUGAUUGGGGAAUCAACGCAGAAGGCUCGUCAUUGGAGGGCGGUGCAGCCCAGGUGGCCAUGAAUGGCGACACUGUUUUCAUACACUACAUUUGUCGGGAUGAGGACGGCAACAUGGUGGAUGACUCUGCUGAGAGUGAGGAUCACCCAGUCAGCUUUGAAGUAGGAGCAGGGGAAAUCACAGGCAACCCACUGUUUCAGGCCUUUGAUGAGGCCAUCCGGGGCCUGCCACUGGGCUCAACCACUGUCCUGGAGGCCAGAGGGGGAGAUUGGAACAGGGAGCUUUUCUUCGAGGUGCCAAGAGAUCAUGCAGAGAUCCAGCGGCUGGAAGGGAGGUACAAGAACCAGGGGGGUCUCCAAGACGGGCUGAUUGUGGAGCUCUCAAACGGAGGUUCGGCAAUGGUUGUUGCAGUGACAGAUGAUGUUGUGAAGAUUGACGCCAACAACAUGCUGGCAGGGAAGAGGCGGAUCUUUGAAGUGACACUGUUGAACAUCGAACCAGCGCAGAGGUAG